AUGAAGGCAAAUCCAACAUUGAAUAAUUAUGAAACGAAAAAGUACGACGAUAGACGUGGCAGUCGCGGUGGUGGACGUGGGGGUCCGAGGGGUGGUCGUGGAGGCAGGGGUGGAUCAAGAGGCGGCAGAUCAGGGGAUCGCUCUGAGGAUAGGGGUAGUAGAUUUAGUAGCGGUGGCCGAGGAGGCAGAGAUGGAAGUAGGGGUGGAGGACGUGGUUUCGGUGGCAGAGACCGCGGUGGUAGGGACGGAAGAGACGAAUUCCGUGGUAACUUUAAGAACGAUCAGCCAGGAGGAGCAUUACGCAAAAUUCGAUGGGAUACAAUUACGCUAACCCCAUUCCAAAAAAACUUUUAUACUCCACAUCCCAAUGUGCAGAUGAGACCCUUAGUUGAAGUUGAAGCAUACAGAAGUCAGCAUCAAAUUACUGUCAAAGGACGAGAUGUUCCUCCACCAAGUAUCUUUUUUGAAGAGGGAGGUUUUCCAGAUUAUGCCAUGAGAGAGAUUCUAAAACAAGGAUUUCCUAAUCCAACUCCGAUUCAAGCUCAAGGUUGGCCAAUAGCUUUAUCAGGCAGAGACAUGGUUGGUAUCGCCCAGACUGGAUCGGGAAAGACGUUAGCCUAUAUUUUGCCUGCCAUAGUCCAUAUCAUUAACCAACCAAGAUUAUUGCGAGACGAAGGCCCGAUUGUGUUGGUUUUGGCCCCUACAAGAGAACUUGCACAGCAAAUUCAACAGGUGGCGACAGACUUUGGCCAAAAUGUACAAGUACGCAAUACCUGUAUAUUUGGAGGAGCUCCCAAAGGUCCACAAGGCAGAAUGCUGGAGCGAGGGGUCGAGAUCGUCAUUGCUACUCCUGGCCGACUCAUUGAUUUUCUGGAGAAAAAUACUACAAAUCUACGUCGUUGCACAUACUUAGUAUUGGAUGAAGCUGAUAGAAUGCUGGAUAUGGGCUUUGAACCCCAGAUCAGGAAAAUCAUUGAACAAAUCCGACCCGACAGACAGGUUCUCAUGUGGUCAGCUACAUGGCCUAAGGAAGUCCAAAAUCUAGCUGAAGAAUUUCUUGUUGAUUAUAUACAGAUUAACAUUGGAUCCCUAUCUUUGUCUGCCAACCACAAUAUUCUUCAAAUUGUUGAUGUCUGUGAAGAAUGGGAAAAGAAUGACAAGUUGCUCACACUUCUAAAUGAAAUUUCCUCGGAAGAGGAAACCAAGACUAUUAUAUUUGCAGAGACCAAAAGAAAGGUGGAUGAUAUAACAAAAGCCAUAAAUCGCGCGGGGUGGCAUGCUCUGGCUAUCCAUGGCGAUAAAAACCAGCAGGAUAGGGAUUAUGUAUUGGCACAGUUUAGACAAAAUGCAGGUGCCAUACUUGUGGCCACUGACGUCGCAGCCAGAGGACUUGACGUGGAGGACGUGAAAUUUGUGAUAAACUACGACUAUCCAAACAAUUCUGAGGACUACGUGCAUCGCAUCGGUCGCACUGGUCGCUCCCAUAACACAGGAACGGCCUACACCCUAUUUACACCCAAUAACUCUGCUAAGGCGAAAGAUCUCAUGUCAGUGCUGACUGAAGCCAACCAAGUAGUAAACCCUCGGCUGAUGGAACUGGCACAGUGCGGUAUGGGAUUCAAAGGAAAAGGAUUUGGUCGCGGUGGUGGUCGGUACCGAGACCGCGAUGAUGAUUCGUCCCGUGGUGGUGGCCGUGGUAGGGGACGCGACGGUGGAAGAGGCAGGGACGGAGGUAGGGGCGGACGUGGAGGCAGACCCGAGGGUAGAGGUUCGAGGUGGGACAACAAUGAAUCCAAUGCACAAUCCAGUUUCAACGGACAGGACACCUUCCAGAGACAGAGCUUCGGAGCUCGUGAUCAGAGUCGCGAUUCAUUCCGUGGGCGCGGUCGUGGUCGUGGUCGCGGUGGCUUCAACCAAGGCUAUGACCAAGGACAAGCACAAAGUUUCGGCGAGCAGCCUCAGGGAUUCCCGCAAAAUAGCUAUUAUAAUAUGUAUGGGCAGCAAGCUCAGUAA